AUGAUGAACAUCAUCUUCGACUCCUCUAACGUCUCCAUAGCGGUGGCAGAUGACAAAACAGGGGAGGGCGACAGCACUUGUGGCAGAGGCAUCAAGAGGGGUGGGUUGUCGCUUGGGAGGACGGGCAGGAUUGUGACAAUGUGCAGGCUCCGAUUCGGUUUUGGGCCACGGAAACGGGCACGGGAUGACAACGGCGACGGCGAUCUCAUCAGCAACCUUCCGGACGCCGUCCUCUGCACCAUCAUCUCCCUCCUCCCCACCAAGGACGGCGCUCGCACGCAGGCCAUCGCCCGCCGAUGGCGCCCCCUCUGGCGCUCCGCGCCUCUCAACCUCGACGCCAAGAACCUCAGCACCAAUGAUUUCAAGCAGCCGCGCCGCCGCCAAGGGCGUCGACCGUCGACGGAAUCCAUCAUCUCCAGGAUCCUCGCCGACCAUCCUGGCCCUGCCCGUCGCUUCGACAUCCGAUUACCCUGCAUCUCCCCAACAAAAAGAGAGUACGCCAAGAGUGUUGCUCAGAUCGCGAGCUGGUUCCAGUCUCGGAGCCUCGACAACCUUGAGGAGCUCCAUAUCCACUUCCCAAUCUUGCGACUAGUAGGUCCGAACCCCCUGCUCUCAUCUGUGCUCCGCUUCACAUCAACUCUUGUCGUGGCCACUGUUGGCUACUGCGAUGUCUCAGAUGAGAUCGCUCCUUCAUUGAAUUUCCCCAUCCUCAAGCAUCUCACUCUGCGUUACGUUAACAUCUCCGUGGGUUCAUUCCAUGGUGUUCUUUCCGCCUGCCAUGUGUUGGAGACCCUAUCUCUGGAUGGAAAUUCUUAUAAUGGCUCCCUCCACAUUAGCUCGCGAACUCUUAGGAGCAUCUGCUUCAGUAAUUGUCAUAUGGGUAAAAGCGAAUUGGUUAUUGAGGACACCCCUCACCUUGAAAGGCUGCUUUGUCCAUGGUUGGACGGCGAGGCUAUCCGGGUAAGCAGGGCACCUAAACUGGACAUAUUGGGCCCUUUGUCACCUUGCAUCUCCAAUAUUCAGAUUGCAAACCUAGUCUUUCAGGGGUUGGUUCCAACCAGCUUCAACAAUUUGAUAUGCACAGUGAAGGUUCUGGCUCUCGAGUUUUCUUGCGCUGAUUUGAAUGCGGUUCUUGACGUCCUCAUGUUCUUCCCCUGCUUGGAAAAGCUUUAUGUUAUGUCUAGUUAG